AUGCACUUCCCACAACAUGCUCUUUUUCUUGGCCUUUUUGCCAGCAUUGCGCUUGGUGGCUCUCUGAGAAUCAUAAAUAAUAACAAACAGUGCAUGGUGUGGUCCGAGGAUAAUUAUGGGUGUACGGGCUCCUCCGCCCCUUUCGCUAAGCUUGAUGGAAAAGAUUGUUCCGACCAUGACACGGUGAAGCUUGAUAUAUGUGGUACAAAGGAUGGGCAACAGCUCGCCUGGGUAGAUGUGGACAAGAAAGGCACGGUCUCUUUCUUGAAUAUACAAGGCAAUACAUUCACUUGUGCGUUGGACAACAAAUUCAUGAUGGAUAGCAAGUGUGAUCAUGCCAGUGCGAGCACAUCUUCCGCGUCGAGCCGAUCGUCUACACCCAUCUCCAGCCAAUUGAGAACUUCCAUUUCUAUCUCCCAGUCCUCGGCCCCAGCAUCGACUCUGCCUGCCGCAUGUUCUUGUGUACUGGUUGUUGUAUGA